CUUUUUCCGAAUAAUUUCAAUAAUUUACCAAAUUUACAUAUAAAUCGACAUCAUGUUCAGAAUGUUCACAACUUUGGGAUGCUCGUAAAUAUCUCUGUGGGUGUAAAGGAAGCCAUGCACAAAACCUUCAAAGGUUUAGUUGCUAAAACGAAUUGUAAGAAUAUAGAAUUUGAUUUCAUUCGUCAGCAUAAUAAACUCCAAAUGAUCUGUUAUCUAAUUGACGAAGGCAAAGAUAGCUGUUUUAAUAUUCAGGAAGAGGAUACAGCCGAUAUUAGUAAGUAUAUCUAUAUUAAUUUUCAAUUACCAAAAUUCAAAAUAUCGUCGAAUCUUCAAAACUGUUCAGUCAACAUG